GAAUUUCUUAUGUACAUACAUCAUUGAAGUACAUCCAUCCAGUUUUACCUAGGAAAAGCACAACACAUCGCACAACUCAUGUAGAAGACAGAAGAUGCAUGAAACUUUCCUUACCUGUUCGAUCUGCAAUAAUAUUUUUCUGCCAGUGUGAAAUAACAAUUUACGAAAAUGAGUACCAGUGAUCCGAACAUCUUCAACAUACUUUAUUUUCCGGAUGAAAUUCUUGUGAUUAUUAUUCUUUGCUUAGAGUCCAGAGAACGUGUGGCGUUGGGUUGCACUUGCACGAGAUUUGAUAAUCUUGUAUUCGGCGACAGGGAAUUGCUGAGAAAUUUGGAUUUUUCAAAAAAUGGACGGCUAACAACCAUUCAAGAUAUCCAGCUAUAUUUUAACAAUGAUAACUGCUGUGAAUAUAUACUUAAAGUGAAUAUAAUGAACGUACUUUGCAUUGCGCCAGGAGAAAUGUUGAACAACACGAUUGGCAAAGCAAUAAACCUUGUCGAUGUUAAUGUAUAUGGAAUUAAGUUUAACGACGUUCGGGAGUUGAAGUCUUUUCUGGAAUUGCUGAUACAUAUCAAAAGGCUGACUAUUGAUUGGCCAGAUGAGGAUGAACGUUAUGUCGUUUGCCGUGAUCUUUUGCAAGAACCGUUCAAACGGCUUCAUUAUUUGUCUGCAAGAGUGAGUGCUUACUCCAGGAAUUUUCUUCCUAUGGUACAACUUUCUGAUGAGCUCAAGGAGUUGCGUAUGGUGACAAGGAUGCCUUAUAACCGAACACCAGAGAGCACACCGUUAGUUUUGGAAUUAGAGAAACCAAAAAACCUUCAGAUCGUUCAAGUUCGUGGGUGGCAUACGCUUCAAUGGUUUAAAAAACGCAUUAUUAAUAUGCUCCCGAAUCGAUAUGUGUGGACAGAUUUUCAACUGGUUGAUAUUACCAGGCAGCCAGGCUUUUAUCUUGAAAGAAGUGUCAAACUUUGUCCGCAAUUACUGAGAAGUAAUGUGACUGAGACUGUUCCAUAUCUUAAUCAUAUCUAUCCAGUUGGUUGGUUUCUGCUGGCGGAAACAUUAUUGCUAGAAGUAAUGAAAGUCCAUUAUGAAGAUGUACCAGAUAAUUUCUGUUGUUUGCGAAAAUGUCAAAUACGUCAAUUUGCAUACAUAGAUGAAGAGCCAUGUCUAUUGGAGAUUGAAGAGGCAAAGCGGCUGCUAAAGGAUUCUAAGUAUCAGAUAUCCUUUUUACACUUCAAGCAUAGCAUAGAACCGGACUGUGAUGUGCAUUUACUGGCAUCGGCAUUCCCAAAUCUCACAACACUUGUUUUAUCUCAUAUAGUAAAACAAAAGGUAGGUACUCAGAGAAGGAACUACUUGAGAAGCCAUCUUAUUAAGCGAGGUGGUGCCGCAUUUGGAAAAUCCAAUCAACCUAUUAAAGUUAAAGAGUCUUCUUUCGAAGUUCUAAUACGUAACACACCACAUGUUAGAGAUCUGACGAUUUACUCCAAGAACAACUGUGACGUUUUCAGCCAGUGGGACUUAGAUGCUCUGGUCCUUAUUUCACGUUGGAAAAAACUCACGACCUUACGUUUGGGCUGCAUACCUAUUCAAAAUGGAAAGUUUUUGGUUGAAAUUGGAAAAUGCUGUCCACACUUGGAGAAUGUAGUAAUUAAUAAUCUGGGAUUUACUAAUCCCUGUAACUACACAAGAGACUUACUGGAAAUGUUAACCCAUUGUCGUAAUUUAAAAGAUUUUUCAAUCGACCAGUGCGCAAUAACUGAAGUCUCUGAACUGCUUACUUGCCUUAGCUUCAACUUACAGCUCGAAAGUGUUCGUGUGCGGAAUCAUGAUGGACGACCGUGUCCUGAGAAUUUGAUGGAGUCAAUGGAACAUUUGAUUCAAACCUGCACGAAGUUGACUACAUUUGCGUUUAUCAAUCUGUUGAUCUCCAAAGUCGAUUCUGACAAUAUGGUUAUUGGGUUACGCAGAAUAAAAAGCGAAUUGAAUCGUCGAGGAUUUCAAUAUGAAGUUGGUAAUCCAAACUUUUUGAAUCUUGAGUCUAAAGGAAACCCCAAAGAUUUUAUUGACGAAGAUGAACCACCUGGGUUCUUUCUUCCUAAGUUGGAAUUGCGGAUUUCUCAUGGACCGUGAAGAAUGCCAAUGUGGGAAUCACUAAAUUGUAUUCUUUUUUUGUUCUUUACUUUGUAUCAUUCACGUAUUGCUGUGCAUACAUGCCUGUUAUCAUAUUGUACCUAACGGUUACCCGCCGAUAUAUUCUCCACGUAUAAGAAAUUGUAAACAUUGUAAAAAAAAAACUACUUUUCUAACUCUUGUAAACAAAUGUAUAUUUCACAA